AAGUUGAAAUUUCUUCACAUUCUGACGACCGCGUGCAUAAUCUCUUUGUGGAUCCACAUGGAUAUCAUAUUGUCAUCAGCAUGCAAUCAGGCCUGAAUUUAUAUGCCACAAGAAAGUACAAAAAACUUAAGCAGAUUCAAAAGGCCAAGGAUCUUUUGAUUGAUUCCGUUGCCUGGAACCAGUGUAACGAGAGUGAUGUGACCACACAAGAAAUUCUUGUUGGUACAAAUGAUGGCAUUAUCUUUGAAGCAAUGCUUUCAAGUUCAGAGGAGUCCUUGUACUCAUCAAACUGUACAGUGAUAUGGAAAGAACUUAUACGACUGGACCAGAGUAUCACUGGUUUAGUCGUAGUUCGCUACCCACCAGGAUCAGCGCUGGUUCCUGUCGGAGAGCCGCAUCUCUGCGCUGUUCUUGCAUCUACACCUUGUCGCCUUUAUCAGUUUUUCGGUCGCAUGCAAUCAUUUGAUCUAGCUUCUGCUCGUCACUACAUAAGUCCCCAGUCCGCCGCCACGGCCUUACGCGAAGGAUACAUACCUGGCUUCUAUGCUCCCGUGUUUGCACCUUAUUCGCAAAACCUGUCGGGUAACAAAAUAGGUGCCAAGUUUAUCGAAUUUCCAGGCUCAUAUGGUUACAGCGACCUUAAAGUGUUUCAAAAGAAAGGCGAGGAAGUUCCAAGCCAGGUUGUCUGGAUGACAGGUGAUAGUGGUGUUUUAGACCGUUUAUUUCGGGAAGAACUUGCGCCAUCGGGUAUAUACUUCUGCCGAUUGGAUCCAACUCGCUUGGUAGACUCAGAGGUGGCUUCCAGUGCUAAUGAUUCGACGACGCCUCUGCGAAUUUCCUUAUCAAAUUAUGCUAAAUUGAUUCCCUAUCCAACGAUGGCGGGGGAAUCAUUCAGCCUACCUCUAUGCUUGUCUCUCACGGAGUUCCAUGUUGUCAUCGCCUACGCUGAUCGUGUCAAAGCUGUUAAUCUGCUUGACGAUCGGGCUGUUUUUUCACGAAGUAUUCGUGAAGUUCUCGGCGGUAUGCAGUUAGGUGGCGUUUGCAGGGAUCCAAUAGUGGGCUGUCUCUGGCUUUACAGUAGCACGGCUCUCUGUCAACUCACCGUAGAUCACGAAGAUUGGCGUGUUUGGAAAAUUCAUCUUGAUAGGAAAGAGUUCAAAGAGGCUCGAAAGCAUUGCAAGACAUUGGAACAAUUGGACGUUGUUGCUUCCCAGGAAGCGGAGUUCUAUUUCACGCAUGGCGAGUAUGUGAAAUCAGCGGAGUUAUUUGCUGAAACUUCGAUGCCAUUUGAGGAGGUAGCUCUUCGCUUCAGUCAGAUUUCAGUUCUCACUGAUGCCAAUGGUGGGGACACUGAUAGUGCAAAUGUAGCGUCCGCCAUUGCCUUAACCGAAGAUUAUGUGGUGGUCGAUGAACGGGAGUGGAAAAAUGAUGACAGGGAAGUGGAUGAUGCCAAAACCCCCAAUACUGUUUCUUCAUGUGGUAUAAACUUGCAGCCCUUCAUGCCCUGUACGCCCCUGAAGGUCUAUCUUCGAACGAAACUGAGGUGCCUUGAAAGCGAGACCAAUGCCGGACAGGUGACCGUCAUAUCCCUCUGGCUAAUUGAAUUGCUACUGGGCGAAAUUAGCCUCUUGGAGGAUAAAUGUGCUAAAGCUGUUGCACCGGGUGUAAGGCAUGAGGAACUGGCCGAUGUUCGAAAUGAAUUCCGUCUUCUCAUCACAUCUUCCAAAGUUUUGUGGUACAGUAUAAAUCUGAUUGGGGUGUUUCUCUUGGUUCCAGAUUACGAUCGUCUGGUCGAUCACUACAUGUCACGGGGCUCCUACGCGGAGGCGCUUUCCGUCCUUACUGCUCAUCCUUCUUGUGCAGCAAAGCUUUAUCAAUAUAGCACCCAAUUGGCUCCAUGUGAACCAAAAAUGCUUGUUGAUGCUUGGAUUCGUGCUGGACGGCAUGUACUGCUGCUUCUUCCUGACGAGGCUAUCCGUUACUUGGAGUUUGUGCUUGAUAAGUUGCAAUGCCAAGAGCCAGCGAUACAUCACCAGCUCAUUCACCUAUAUGCCAGCCUACCUGACGCCACCGCGGAUGUACGUCUUCUUGCAUACCUAGAGAAGUACACGCCGUCCAGUCUUUGCGAAAUCUUUGCGGACGCAAUUGGGGACCUUGAUACGACAGAAAAUGUAUCCAAGACACUUUCUUCAGCAUACACCGCCCUAACACCCGGUUUGCCUUAUGAUCCUGGUUUCGCAAUCCGAAUAUCCAUGGAGAAAGGCUGUUUACGAUCAACUGUGUUUUUACUACAGUCGCUGGGACUCUUCAGUCAGGCGAUCGAAGAGGCUCUUUCGAAGAAUGACAUCCCUUUGGCUAAGGAAGUGAUUAAUUCAAAUGCUCUUGGAAUCGAUACACAACGCACUCUCUGGCUGCGUAUAGGUAGGCUACUUUCAAUUUGGAUAAUCAACGAAGUCAAUUCUAUUUCUUUAUUGGAUAUAUGUAAUUUACCCCGUCACGUUGUUACCGACCAGAUUAGCCCGCAGGAGGCGACGGCUCUGUUGCAGGAGUCUUCUCUCCUUCGUUUGGAAGACGUAUUUCCUCUUUUCCCUGAUUUUGUCACUAUCGAUCAGUUCCGGGAGGUAAUAUGCGAAUCUCUCGAUGCUUACAAUUCACAAAUUGAGCAACUGAAGGCAGAGAUGCGAGCUACUGUAGAGAGUUCAAAUGAAAUUCACGCCCAGCUCCAUAACUUCAAGUCUCACUACGAGAUCAUUCCAGAGAAUGCUCGUUGCUUUCAAUGCCUGCAAGCUAUCACUCUACGCACAUUUUACGUGUUUCCUUGUGGUCAUCUCUUCCACACAGACUGUCUCCUGAACAUGGCUCAGUUUGAUGAACUGGUUGCUGCUGAUUGCGCUCUUUGUGGGAAGAUUGCCAUCGACAGUGUUAAUCGCCUCUACUACUCUGAUGCGAAGUCAUAUGAAAGCGAAAGGAAAAUCUGGCUCAUAUCUUAA